UUCUAUUUUUUUAUGGUUUAACAGGCGAAUUGUAAAACUGAUUAGUUCUAGUCAGUAAUUUGAAUUGGCAGACUGCAUCUCAAGGGGACAUUACAUAACACUGCAUGACUGAUAUUUUAGAGUGAUGUAUGUGUUGGGCAACAUGUUUACCUACACUUCUUGGACGGUGUGCGUGCUUGUGUUCAUCACACUUCAUGAACUUGCAUCAGCGCAGUUUCCUCGCCAAUGUAUCAGUCCCCAGAUACUAAGUAGUGGAGAAUGCUGCCCUGGGCUAUUUCCAGAACAGACACCAGACCCAAAUGACCAGUGUGGCUCUACAUUGGGUCGGGGUGCAUGCGUGCCAGUCACAGCGGAUUCCAGGCCCCAUGGACCUGAAUAUCAACUCGAUGGUCUGGAUGACAGAGAACAAUGGCCAACCCGUUUCUUCAAUAGGAGUUGUAGGUGUAAUGGGCGCUUUGAUGGCUACAACUGUGGCAGCUGCAAACCUGGGUGGACUGGAGACAACUGCGAUACACAAAUUAUAGUAGUCAGGAAGAACAUUAUGGAAUUGCGUGACGGUGAUAAAAAGCGUUUUGUUGAUGCUUUGGAUCUUGCAAAGAGAACUAUCCAUCCCGACUUUGUCAUAGCUACCAGACGUUAUGCUGAGCUCAUUGACUUCAAUCAAAACACUACAAACUUUGAAAAUGUAUCGGUCUAUGACUAUUUUGUUUGGACUCACUAUUACUCUGUCAGUAAAACGUUUCUUGGCCUGGGUAAUGGGAGUGCUGGUGGGAUAGAUUUUUCACAUGAAGGUCCAGCUUUCCUAACUUGGCACAGAUACCACUUGAUCCAGCUGGAAAAGGACAUUCAGCGACUACUUGAUGAUCCUACUUUUGCCCUCCCAUACUGGAACUUUGCUAUUGGUGGAAGUGAGUGUGACAUCUGCACAGAUGAUCUAAUGGGAGCAAGAAGUAUAUUUGAUGCUAACCUUCUCAGUCAGAAUUCUGUGUUUUCCCGAUGGGAAGUACUCUGUGAAUAUGUGGAGGACUACGAGUCACUAGGAACAAUCUGUAACAGCACAAGGGGAGGUCCAAUCCGAAGAAAUCCUGCUGGAAACACAGCUAGACCAAUGGUGCAAAAACUCCCAGAAAUUCAGGAUGUGGCAGAGUGCUUGGAAGUAAACUUGUUUGACACGCCUCCAUUUUUCUCUAACUCAUCUGAUAGUUUUCGCAAUGCUAUUGAAGGAUACAGUGAGCCUUCUGGCAAGUAUGAUCCCUCUGUCAGAACUCUUCAUAAUCUAGCUCAUCUUUUUCUGAAUGGAACUGGAGGGCAAACUCACUUAUCUCCUAAUGAUCCCAUCUUCAUUCUCCUCCAUACGUUUACCGAUGCAGUUUUUGAUGAAUGGCUGAGGAGGCACAAUGCAGACUCCUCUCAAUAUCCACUUGAGAAUGCACCUAUUGGACACAACAGACAAUACAACAUGGUCCCCUUCUGGCCUCCAGUGACAAAUAGUGAAAUGUUUGUAACUGCACCAGAAAAUCUUGGCUAUUCAUAUCAAGUUCAAUGGCCAGGGCGCACUCUCAGCAUUACAGAGAUAAUUACAAUUGCUGUUAUUGCUGCUUUAGUCCUUGUUGCGAUUAUUUUUGCUGCGGUUUCCUGUGCUGUGCAUCGUAGAAGAAGUAAGAGUGACGUACUGCAGCCCCUUCUUGGUGACCAAUACCAACGUUAUGCAGAAGAUCAUAAAGAAGAUACUCAAUCAGUGUAAAACAUUACUGAAUAAACAAACCAAAAUA